GCAGACAGGAGGUCGGCAGGAGUUUCUUCUCCUGGUCUUUUUUUCUUUCCUGACUUUAAGGAGAAACUUCCAGAGUCACAUCUUGGUGACCUUUUUAACAACCAAAGCACCUCUGGUUGGUUUCCUUCCUCUGCGAGGCGUUUCUUCCCAGAACAAAAUCACCAAAACGGAGCCGAACGAGGAAGAAGGACAACGAGCAACCCUCACUUCUGCAAUCAUGAUGUCGAUGAACAGCAAGCAGCCUUUCAGCAUGCAUCCCAUCCUGCACGAGCCUAAAUACACGCCGCUGCACUCCAGCUCCGAGGCCAUCCGCAGAGCAUGCCUGCCCACACCGUCGCUGCAGGGAAACAUCUUCGCCGGCUUCGAUGAGUCGCUGCUGCAGAGAGCAGAGGCCCUGGCUGCGGUGGACAUCGUGGCCCAGAAGAGUCACCCUUUCAAGCCUGAUGCCACCUACCACACCAUGACCACGAUGACCAGCAUGACCUGCACCCCCACCUCUUCCUCCGCACACCUGCACCACCCCUCGGUGCUGACCUCACACCACCACCCUGCGCACCACCAGCCGGCGCAGGGUUUGGAAGGAGACCUGCUGGACCAUCUAACGCCCGGCAUCUCUCUGGGGGGCAUGCCCGGCUCGGACGUCUGCUCCACGGCUUCGCACACGGCUCAUGCCGCCGCUCACAUGUCGGCCAUCAACCACAUGCAGCACCAUCAUCACACUCAGUCCAUGAACAUCCACCCACACGGGCUGGCCUCCCACGGCUCCCUGGGGGGCGCCGGCGGGGACGCGGAGCCCGACCCCCGGGAGCUGGAGUCCUUCGCUGAGCGCUUCAAACAGAGGCGGAUCAAACUGGGGGUCACUCAGGCCGAUGUGGGGGCGGCUCUGGCCAACCUCAAGAUCCCUGGAGUGGGCUGCCUGAGCCAGAGCACCAUCUGCAGGUUCGAGUCUCUGACCCUGUCGCACAACAACAUGGUGGCCCUGAAGCCCAUCCUGGAGGCCUGGCUGGAGGAGGCGGAGCGCGCGCAACGGGAGAAGAUGUCCAAGCCGGAGAUCUUCAACGGCGGCGAUAAGAAGAGGAAACGCACGUCCAUCGCGGCGCCGGAGAAGCGCUCCCUGGAGGCUUAUUUUGCGGUGCAGCCGCGGCCUUCGUCGGAGAAGAUCGCCGCGAUCGCCGAGAAACUGGACUUGAAAAAAAACGUGGUCCGCGUUUGGUUUUGCAAUCAGAGGCAAAAGCAGAAACGGAUGAAGUUUUCUGCAACGCACUGAAGCUGACUGCGGCGGAGCCGCGGCUCUCUGAGCCGCUUUCCACAAACACUAACUAGAGACAAGCUGCCGGAGCGGCUCUGCUGCUGGAGCCGCCCUGUCAGAACCAACAAGGUACCGGAGAACCUGCGUCAGACCCGCAGGGAGCGGAGAGGCGCGGCGCGGCGCACAGCCAAGGCCGCAAGGCCGUUAAAACGCGCACUUAGAACUAAAUCCCUUAGUGAGUCAGAAAUAACCUGAUCACCUUCAUUUAUUACAUUAUUAAAGUAUUAUUUUAAUUCAAUUGAAGCUUUUAGGAAAUGAAGUUUAAAUUUUAGAGCGGAUAGAAUGAAACAUCCCAGAUCAUCGCGGAUCAGAUGAGAACUUCAACCACAUCACCUCCUACUCAGGUUUAUAAUCAAAAUUAAUAGUUUUGAUUCUAAAAUAAAAAUGUUAUCAGAUAUUAGUUUUAGAAAUUAAAUACACUCAUCCUUUACAAAAAAGAGACUAAACUUAGGCCUUAUAAUGAACCAAUAAGUUCUUAAUAAUACUUGGAUAAUUUAUGAACAUAAUAAUUAUAAGUUUAAAUGCUAAAAGACACUUAAUCAAAAUACACUACAAAAAAUUAAAUCUAAAUAAGUCAUUUUUGCUUAAAUUGAGUUAAUUUUUAUUGAUUUGAGGAGGUAGCUAAUGGAGACACUUUGCCACAUUUACAUUUAAAAUAAGA